AUGGAGGAAGGGACCACCCAGAGACAUACCCUGGGGAACUUGGAGGAAGAAGAAGAAGGGGAAUACCCUACCUGGGUCAUCAGUACACUAACAACUGUCUUGGUUGUGACAAUCAGUGGUGACAUUGUUGGAAACCUUUUGGUCAUCACAUCUGUCUUCAGGAAUAAGAGACUUUGGAAACUGGGUAAUGCAUUUGUGGUCAGCUUAGCAGUAGCAGACUUGCUCGUUGCCUGUUAUCCUUACCCAUUGGUCCUGCUGGCGAUCUUCAAUCAAGGCUGGAGAAUGGGCCAUGUACAUUGCCUGAUGAGUGGAUUUUUCAUGGGACUCAGUGUAAUAAGCUCUGUUUUCAAUAUCACUGGCAUUGCCGUCAAUCGCUACUGCUAUAUCUGCCACAACAGUUGGUAUCCCCGAUUGUUCUCCAACACCAGCACGUUCUGCUAUGUAGGGUUAGUUUGGAUCUUGGCUCUGGCAGCCAUCUUGCCAAACCUGUUUGUGGGAUCUUUGCAAUAUGACCCUCGUGUUUUCUCCUGUACAUUCUCUCAGUCUGUUAGCUCACUAUACACCCUCGCUGUAGUAAUCUUCCAUUUCUUUUUGCCCAUUGGGGUGGUGAGCUACUGUUAUCUACGCAUUUGGGUAUUGGUUUUUAAUACGCGACAUAGGGUCAAACCAGACAGACAUCUCCAAGCUCAAACGUGGCCUUAUAAUCUUCAGGGUUUUAUCACAAUGUUUGCAGUCUUUGUGCUUUUUGCUGUAUGCUGGGGACCGCUAAAUAUUAUUGGACUGACUGUAGCCAUAUACCCAUCAUUAGGAAAUUCUAUUCCACGUUGGCUCUUUCUAGUGAGCUAUUUUAUGGCGUACUUUAACAGCUGCCUAAAUGCAGUGGUUUAUGGAGCUCUAAAUAAGAACUUCCGAAGAGAGUACAAGAGGAUCAUGAUGAACAUCUUCAAGUUGGGUUGA